GUCCACGACAUACAAUAAGGAAGUAAGCCGGAGACCAGCUAAAUAGCUCAAUAAGUUAAAUACUAUUAACAAUAACGAGCAAUUUACCUCUAGUUAGCGAACCAAUCGUUCUAUAUGCAACCAUGAUAUGGUUGUGAGACUAAUAUCACCUUUUUAUAAUUCAAUAAUAAGCUCACGGGAACUUUUAGGGUGGUUUUAUAGAAGCUUUCCGUUUUGUUUACUGUGGUUACCAUGAUGCUAGCUAGCUAGCAGACUAGCUGAGCAGCUAGCUAAGCUAGUCAAUUGAUUGUUAGCUAGCAAAAAUUAUAAAUCGAGUUGUUUAGGUGGUUGUCAACCUAAGACUUUAGAUGUAUACUAACCAACGCGUAGCUAUCUGUAUUUGCAGUUUAUUAACUAGCAGUUUAUUAACUAGCAGUUUGGCGUGUGCAAGCUAAGUGAGUUUGCUGGACAAUUAAGUGAGCCAACCACCUAUUAAUAGCUAGUCUAGCUAACCAGUUGCGAUUAUUUAGGAAGCUCAGGAGUUGACAUCCACCACUUUUUGAUAGCAGCUUCUUCAGGUCCUAGUAAAUCUCAAUUUGGCCUCCACCAUGUCAAUCGACUUUGAUAGCGCAGCCCUGCAAACUCAACAUGAUGAUGAGGAGGAGUACGAUCCAGAGGACUACGCACGAGAACAAGAGUUGCACAAGCUGCUGACAGACCUUCCAGAUGACAUGCUGGAGGACAGCAGGGAGGAGUCCUCUCCAGAGCUGGAUUACUCUGCCUGCAGCAACCAAGACUCCAGUAACAGACAACAACAAAAAUGGCCCCAACAAACUGAAUGGUCUGAUCAUAACAGACAACAAAGAUCUGCCUCCCAUGUAGAGAACUCUGAGGACAAUUUCGACCAAGGCCCCUAUCAUGUUGAGUACUCCUAUGAAGAAAGAGUUUUGGAAAUCAAUGGCCAUGCUAAUUCUCCUCAAAGCCAGCCUCUGCCCCAUACCUGGACCCAGCCAGGCCAGGAGUACCAGUACAACCAUGUGGGCUACAGGUAUGCCAGCGCGGGUACAGAGAAGCCUGUAGCCUGUGCUAGUAUCUCCACAGAGGAGCAGUACGAGCAUGAACCAUACCCUCAUGGAGCUGCCGGCCAUGCAGUGGAAUACAGAGGGGAGGAGGGGCAGAGGGACACACAGAGCUAUGGAGGUCAAAACGGCACACGGCAACAGUUUCAAAACGUUGAGGAUGCGGAGUCCGGGGACAGUAGGGUGGAUCAUUACAAAGCCAGCUACCAGCCCUGCCAACCGUCCAGCCAGCCCAAGAUGUUCAACUCAGAGUCCUGCCAAGAAGGCGGACAUUUUGACCAACUGCAGAGGGAAUUCUUGGACUCCGCUCAGAACACUGCUGAGAGUCAACAGCUUGCUCAGAUGGAGAUAUUGAACAAGGCCCAGCUGAGACAAAUGGAAGAUCUGGAACGUAAACUGGAGGACUCAAGGCGCAACAUGAGAUACCUGGAGCAUCAGUUUGCCAUUGUGAAAGAUGAGAAGGAUGGGAUGGUGGUGACUCUGAAGGAGUCCAGCCGGCUCAUCGAAGAGGCACAGGAUCGAGAGGUUCAGCUGCUGAGUACUGUGAAGUCCCUGGAGCAAAAGGUUCAUUCUCUGACGGAACGAGACCACGAAAACACGAAGAAGCAGCGCGUGGCGGACGCCGCGGUGGACAGCAUGCAGCAGCAGAUGAUGGAGCUGGGGCGCUCCGACACGCUGUCCAGAGCGCGGGAGAAGCACGACCGGGACAUGUCUGCCGUGAGGGAGAAGCACGAGGCCAAGCUGCUAGUGCUGCAGCAGCAGAUGGACACCUGCUCCCAGGCCCUGGAGGAGCAGACGGAGCUGGCCCAGAGACUGCGGGAGCAGGUGAAGCAGCUGGAGCGCAGGAGAGAGGAGGAGCAGGUGGAGAGAGCUGCAGUCAUCAACACCCUUACUCAGCGCCUGGAGGAGGGCCAGCAGCAGUGUGCCAAACUGCUCCAAACAGGUUCAGUGCAAGAGAUGAGCCAGUUGCAAAUCAAACUCCAGCAAGUUCAGUCAGCCAAGACCUUGAGUGAAAACAUGAACCAAGUCCUCCAGGAGGACCUGAAUGAUCUGAAGGAGCAGAUCACACUGUAUGAGUCAGUGGUAAAGCAUGGAGUGAUAUCGCCAGACCUCAACAGGGACUGGGAAAGACAUCUGUCAGAGUCUUACGUGGAUUUAGGAAUCAAGGAGAAAAACUUGAAAAACGUCCGGGCUCACAGCACUCCCCUGGCCGGCCUGUCAGGCCCCUCGCAGCCCCGGGACGAGGCUGUGAGGGAGCUGAGGGCUGAGCUGCAGCGCUCUCUCGCCUGCCUGAAGGGCAAGAGGCAGAAGAUCAGCCUGCUCCAGGAGGAGCUCCGCCACUCGCGGGAACGCCUGGACAAGCUGCAGGCUCAGCUGGAGCAGGCUCAGGUCACCACCGCCACGGUCAGAGGAGCCGCCUCAGAGAAGCUUCCGGACUCGACAGCUGUCCAGAAGGACGUCUUGAGACUGCAGGAAGAACGACAACGUCUACUAGAACAUGUACAGCUGCUAGAACAAAAGAACAAGGAGCUGAGGCAGAGCGAGGAGAAGGUGAGGGCGGCCAACACAGAGCUGUGCUCCAAGAUGAGGGAGAUGAUCCAGGAGCUGGACCAGGAGAAGCAGGAGGCCGCGGAGAGGUAUGAGAGGACCCACCUGCAGUACAGGGACGACGUGGUGAACAGGCUCCGAGCACAGCUGACCCUGGAGCACGCAGAUCAGCUCCAGCAGCUCACUGCUGAACACCAACAGCAGCUCCAGCAGCUACAAUGCAAACUGUCUGAGGUCAGUGCUGAGAUCGUGGCUGUGCAGGAGUGCUACAUCUCGGUCUGCAAGGAAAAAGACCUGCUGGAAGAGAAACUGCAGAGCGGAUCUGAGGCAGAGGCUGAGAUGAGGGAGAACGAGCUGAGGAUGAGAGAGGAGAGCCGCACAGCCCUGGAGGAGAUGAGGGCCGAGCUGGAGAGGCAGCAUCAGACUGCAGUGGACCAGCUGCAGGCUGUCUGGUCUAGUGAGACAGAGAGACAGAUCCAGGAUCAGGUGACCUCUGCCAAGGCUGCAUGGCAGGAAGAGCAGGAACAGAGGGAACGUGCCUGGGCUCAGAGGCUGGAAGAGGCCAGGGAGGAGGCCAGGGAAGAGGCCAGGGUCCAGACCCACAGAGCCAGCCGUGAGGAGGCCUCCCAGACGGAGGGCAGGGCCAGCCCUGAGAGCUUCAGCAGAAAGGAGCUGGAGGACAGGCUCAGGGCUGAGAGACUGAGGCUGCUCCAGGAGGCUGACUCUGACAAACACACGGCCGUGCAGGACACUCAGAGAGAGAUGCGGGAGAUACACCUGGAGGACAUGACCAAGCAGGUGGAAGGCGCAGUAACCAGGGCCUACAGCCGCUGGCUUGAAGACCUAACCUCUCUCCCAGAGUACAAAGCGAAUCUCCAGAGAGAGCGAGAAAAAUGGGACGAACGACAGGACGAACAUGUUCAAGAGCAGGUGUCCUUGGCUCUGAGGGUGGCAGAGGACCAGUGGCAGCAGAGGCAGAGUGUGGCUCUGGAGGAGCGGGGGCCAGGGGGCCAGCAGGUGGAGGAGCUCCAGGAGAAGCUGGUGUCUCUGCAGAGCCAGCUGGAGCGCGUGAAGGGGGAGGAGCCCGCCCUGCUGAAGGCGGAGCUGGCCGGGGCCAAGGCUGUCUGGAACCGGGACAAGCAGCAGGAGAUGUCCUCCCUCCAGACCCUCCAUGAGCGGGAGCGUCACGCUCUGAUCCAGGAGCAGCGCGUCACGCUGGAGCAGGAGGUGCAGCGGGCCGUGCAGCGGGCCAGGGAGGACGCCGAGCGCCACAGGAAGCAGCUGGUCCUGCAGAAGGAGGCGGAGCUUCAGCAGGCUCUGAGGGACAGGCGGAAGGAGUGGAGAGCCCAGCAGGAGAGCAGGGACCAGGAACUGAGGAGGCAGGGCAGAGAGGAGGCCCAGCAGGAGCUCCAGGCUGGGCUGGCUGAGGCCCUCAGAGAGGCCCAGGACCUGCUCCUCAGAGAGGCCCCCACUCAGCCCCCUAACAGGGGGGAGGACAGGCCGGCCUGCUGCUCUGCCCAGGAGGGGGGUAUAAGACACAUCCUCCAGUCGGCAUGCAGAGAGAUGAUUUCCAGAGCUGUGGGCCAGGCCAAGAAAGAGUGGGAGAGGAUAAGUGAGGACAGACUGGCUUGUGUGUUGAAAGACACCCAGCAGUGUCACGAGAGAGAAGUCAGCCAGAUCCACAACACGGUGGCCCAGAAGAGACAGGAGGGGCGUUGUGGUAAACAGUGCGCUGAGACUGUGGCCAAGCUGAGGAGGAAGAACCAGGACCUGCAGAAGCAUCUGGAGAAGGCCUGUCGCCAGCUCCAGCUCACCGUCAGAGAGAACAAGGCCAGCAUGCAGCGCCUCAAAGAGGAGCACGAGGACAGGAUGCGGCGGGAAGAAGAUGCCCUGCAGAAGCUGGGGGGAAAGAAACAGCCCCAGGAAUCCUCUCUCGGCUCAGAUAACCCACAGAGUAUUCAAGCUGGCCUUGAAGAGAUGAAGGAACAGUACAUGAACGCUAUCGGAAAGAUCAGAGGAGACAUGCUGCGCUACCUCCAGGACAGCAAAGAGCGAGCGUCUGAAAGGAUCCGUGUGGAGGUGCUCCGGGAGAGGAGGGACACAGCCAGGACGAUGAGGCAGUACUACCUGACGUGUCUGCAUGAGCUGCUGGAGGAGAGCGGGCAGAGCACAGGAGCUGAGAAAAAAAUUAUCAAUGCUGCAAGGAAGCUAGCAGCCAUGGCCAAGGCCCUGGAGACUCCUACCAAGAAGAACUCAGCGACGUAUCGCACCCUACAGCGUUCAUCAUCAAACACCGACGCUACCAUCGAAAACAACCGCGGUGGAGUUUCCAGUUCCAGUAAACAUCAGUCACCCGAAGCCUCCGUCCCAGAAACCAGCUGUGAGAAGUGGACAGUGGAGAGCAAGACAGACAGGACAGAACCAGCAAUGUCGAGGACCAGGACCAAGCCCACGGGAAAAGCCCUCUACCAGGACCUCCUCACGAGCGGAAAGCUGAAAACACCAAAAGACGCUUCAUCUAAAGCCCACCUCCUUCCAGCUCACCCCCCCUCUCCCCGACCCGCUCCCCAGGCUGGGCAGGCCUCGCUGGGGGAGUUCCACCACAGGGGUUUGACUGACGCCAAUGUGACUCUGCGGAACCAGAGCAGAGAGGUGUACCUGCAGGGUGUGGACACAGCAGACGACCCCCUGGAUUCCCAGAGGACAGCCACUCUCAUCCAGGAGACUCCCGUCAGGGACGGCGGCCAGAGCGACUGGAGUUUGUUCAGCAACCCCGGACCUGGAGACGUGUUUAUCCCGGUCCACUCCUACUCCAGCAGGAGGGAGGACACCCCCCUCCUCCCUCUGUCUGCUGCCUCAUCUGACCUGCGGGAGUUUGGAAGCCUCACCGCUGACCACUCUGACAUGACUGUUUAUAAGGAGAUAGCAAACAUGCCACCCCACACCAAAGACUCAACGCUAACCAGUGUUCUGAGGAGUGCACACAGGGAUCCUGUUCCAGGCUCUGAGGGGAAGAUACUGGCCCCUCUGUGCUCCAAGAGCCUGUCCCCAGAGCUGAAUCUCUGCCAGCAGGACAGUGGCUUCGACAGUCCUUUCACCUUUCGGAAAUGAGAGAUGAAUACACACCAGGGGAGGUCUUGUUUUAAGGGAUUUUCCCUGCGUCAAAUUAAUUUGGUAUUUCCUGUCGAUUAAUUCUCUGUCAUGUUGCCGCUUCUGCCUUCCGUUUGUGUAAGAAGGGGCACAAUCGUUCCUCUUGAAUAUAGAGUGGUGUGUGAGGUGAAUGCCAACAUGAUAGUUUGAGUGUUGUGGGAAUCAAGUGAGAAACCUUGUUACACGUCUCAGUUACCAAAUUUCUAAAUGUCAUUGUUGAUUUAUGGAUUUCUGAGGUUUUAUGUAGUUUUUUUAAUUUAUUUUUUUACAUUUUAUAUUUAUAAAUUAAUUAGAUAUGCUGUGCAUAAAAAUAAAAAUCCAAUAUGA